AAGAGUGAGAAGCCACCGGCAGAGAGCUAGCCAGCCAAUCAACCAAUCGCCGCCCCCCGCCUGAGCAUCCGACGAGCGAUGGAAGCCGCCACGGCCACCUCCUCCCCGCGCCUGACCCGCUCCGCCUCCCUCUCCGCCGCCCGCCUCCGGGGCUCCCGCGCCGCCAGGUUCCCGCCGUCGUCGCCGCAGCUCUGCCCGCCGCUCUCCGCCGCGGCGUCGCCGCGCGCCCUCCUCCCGCUCCGCCGGGCCAUGUCCGACGCGGACCUCGCGUCCUUCGCCAGAUCCGCCGUCCUCCUCCGCCACGCCGCGAUCCCGGCCAUCCUCGAGGCCGACGAGGAAGAGGAUGCCGGCAGCAGGGCCCCCGCGGGCCUCGACCGCCUCCUCGACGCCGCCGGCGCCGGCAGGAACGGCGUGGGCGGCGGGCAGGGCGGCGGCGGCGCCAGCGGAGGGAGCGGCGGGCAGGGCAGCGGCUGCGACAUGGGAGAGUACUACCGCCGCGUGCUGCUGCUGGACCCCGCCAACCCGCUGCUCCUGCGCAACUACGGCAAGUACCUCCACGAGGUGGAGGGCGACCUGGCCGGCGCCGAGGGCUGCUACGCGCGGGCGCUGCUGGAGUGCCCCGGCGACGCCGACCUGCUCAGCCUCUACGCCCGCGUCAUCUGGGAGGCGCGCCAGGAGAAGGACCGCGCCGAGGCCUACUUCGAGCGCGCCGUGCAGGCCGCGCCCGACGACUGCUACGUGCUGGGAUCGUACGCGAGUUUCCUGUGGGACGCCGAGGAGGACGACGACGAGGCGGCGCCGGCGGCCACCACCCCAGCGGCGGUCGCGGCACCUGCUGCGCCGUGCGACUCCCCGGCGUUGGUGCCCGCGUGCUACUGCUGAGCGCAUUCGCCGGUGGACAGGGCGGUUCGCUCCGCAGCCUCCGCCCUCUGCUUGAUCGAUCUACGGUUUUGCUACAGUAUUACUGUACAUAGGAGGACGCGGGCCGGAUCGGACGGCGGCGGAUGGAGCACCCGUGCGCGGUAGCGUAGAUCAGCUGGCGCCGCCGCACCGCCCAGUGGCCGCCGACGGAUCGCCGUCCAAUCCGGCCAGAAAUAACGAGGAGCCUCUAGUCGCCGGGCAGUAGUGAUCCGAAUCAACGGCGCGAUGGCAAAUGAGACAGUGACAGACGGUGGCCGCAGCAACACGGCUGCCCGGAGCUGGCUGGCGCCAUCGCUUCAGUCAGAAGCGUCGACGAGAGCUUCAUUUCCCUUCAUCAACUACUACUAGUAUUGGCAUGUGUAUAGACUAUAGAGCGGCCUUGUACUACUAAUCUAGCUUGAUGAAUAACACAACUUACUGAUGAUCUAGCUAA